UAACAUCAUCAGGCUGCUCAAAAAAAUCGAAUGGCUUUAGCUUUCGAGACAAGAGAAACCGAGCACCUCAGGCCACGGUGACUGAGCAUGGAGCCGCAGCGAGGAGGGGAGCAGCUCGCGUGGGGGGCGACGGGCGCCGCCUCGCCCUGCCUCUGCCCCGCCGCCGUGGCAUCGUCAGCCGCGGGCGCACCCGCAGGUAACGUGUUCCCCCGCCAGGCGCUGGAGCAGGAGAUGCUGCGCCGCGCCGAGCUGCAGCUGCAGGGCGGCGGCGGGGGCGACCGGCGGAGGGAGCGGAAGAUGAAGAACCGCGAGUCGGCGGCGCGGUCCCGCGCGCGCAGGCUGGCGUACGUGAACGAGCUGGAGAAGGAGGUGAGCCUUCUCCGCGCCGAGAAAGAGGAGCUCAGGAGGCUCUGCGAGGAGGUCGGUAGCGGCAUGCUUCUGCCGCAUUGCUUUCAGCUGAAGGAGGCGGCGGAGGCGCCGGCGAAGAGGGGCCCCCAUCAGCGGCUGCAGAGGACGUCCUCCGCGCCGUUCUAGCCCCCGCAUCGAUCUACCAGCCGGGCAGAGAAGGCUUUUUUGGUGCAGUGUGAAUCUGACGGUCCUGUUCUUUUGUUCGUCGAUGAGCAAGAGAUUCAUCGAGUGUUGGUAGUAGUCAGUGCGCUGCAGCAGCAGCCAGCUAGUUCGGAGUGGCCGGCGAGCUGCUCGCUCUUUGUUGCGUCGCCGGUGCGUUCCCCUGCGGCGGAGAUGGGCAGGGCACAGUGCAGGGAUGAUCUGUGCCUGCCUGCCUGCCUGCCUGGACAGAAAUGGUAAAUGCCGGUUCCUACAACACACCACGUUUCCGACGAUUGAUGUGAUGGUAGGGUUAGGCCACCCGGCCGGCGCACUGGGCCACUGUGGAAUGAAAAAAAAGAUGAAAUGAUGCUGCCCCUUGUGCCUGCUUGUCUCC